AUGGGUUGGACAAGACCACCCCACGGCUGGAAGAAGUGUAACUAUGAUGGAUCGUACAAUCGGGAGAUGCCAAGUAAGGCUGGAUGGAUAAUUCGAGAUGAGUCGGGCCAAUUUGUAAGUGCAGGUCAAGCGACAGGGAACCACACUUCUAAUGCUCUAGAAAGCGAGUUUCAAGCUCUUCUUAUCACAAUGCAAAGCUGUUGGAGCCACGGUCAUAGAAAAAUCUGGUUUGAAGGAGAUAACAGGGAGGUGAUGGAAAUCCUCAAUAGGAGAAAAUCACGUUUUGAUAUCUUUAAUUGGAUAAGAGAUGUUCAAGCUUGGAAGCAACGAUUUCAGGAAUGCAGAUUCACAUGGAUCAACCGAAAACAGAACAAACCGGCGGAUAUUCUUGCCAAGAGUCACUUACCCCAGAAUGAACAAUUUAAAUUUUAUGAUUACAUUCCGAUUGUAAUUUCUUCAGCCUUACAGCUGGAAAACUCUUGA